AUGGAAGUUCGCAAUGCGGGCGCUCCAUUAAAGGCCGAAUCGUCGCCAGACUCGCAAUCACCCUCACACUCCCAAUCGCCCGACUCGCAGUCUCCAUCGCAAGCUCCGUCUGACACAAAACGGCCCUCCUCCGAGCCUGCUCAGCCUCGAAAACGCGUCCGCCGCUGGCACCAUCGCGGAUUCACGGGUUGCUCGACGUGUCGCCGUCGCCAUGUGCGCUGCGACGAAGCCUCGCCAACCUGCAAGAACUGCACUCGCCUAGGGCUUCAGUGCGAUGGCACCCAGGGUCGCAUGACCUUCAAGGUCUAUGGGCCAUCCCAGGCGCAGGAUGCGGGCCAAGCGCCCAGGAAGCAGAAGAAGGGUAGUAGCAGCCCAGAGUCGCUGGGCGAGUCGUGCUUCACAAGUAGUUUCUCCGUGAAACUUGAAGGCGAAAAAGAGGGGGACUGCGAGGCCCUGAUCGUGUCACCAUCAACUGUACCGCAAUGGUCGGGCCAGACUCAUUUCCGCUUCCUGCAACCCAUGUUCCAACCGAACAUCCGAUCUUUGACGAUACCAUGUACCGACGAGCAUUACUUUUCCCAUUUUGUCAACCAGGUGUCGACCCUGUUGAUCAUCUACGACACCAAUAUCAAUAUCAAUCCGUAUCGCAGCUACUUCCCUGAAUUUGCGCGGUCGUCACCCUCAAUGAUUGGCGCGAUGCAGGCACUGGGCGCAUUGCAUCUGGCAAAUACCUCGGUCGGCGCGGAUCGUAAUCAACAUCUCCAACAGGCGAUGGGAAAAUAUGGGCAGGUUGUGAAGAUGUUCCGAGAUCGGUACACUCUUCCCGACGGACAGCUUGGGAUAAGGGACUUUGCGACCUGUUUAUUGCUCUGUCUGUUUGAGAUGAUGGACUCACAACACCAAAACUGGGACGUCCACCUCAAGGGCGCGCGCGAAAUUUACAACCUCCUCUUCUACCCACAUACCGGCAAUGCUGCCCGCGAAGCUCAACGUCUCGUCGAGAUCAAUCAUCCUCUCCGAUCAUUCCUCGUCUCCUUGCUCUCAUAUCUGGAUGUGGCUGGUGCAUGUGCGAGAUCAGGUGGUACGGUGGUGACGGGAAGUUACUGGAAGACUCAUGGAGGCGGAUGGGAGUACAACCUAGGGAUCCCGAGUCUAUCUACCUCGCCUCUUCCGGAUGACCCACGGUUGCUGGAGUUGCGACAGGCUUGGUCUAGCAUGAUGGAGGUUCAGGCUGCUAUUAGCACGUUCGCCCGCGACAAAGAGUGGAUGUCCCCGGAUCACCAGGAUAUGGUGUACAAAAAAAUUUUCCACCAGCUGGUAACUUGGCGCGCCAGCACACCGAUCAGCCUGCAGCUGCUUGGGGAAAUGGACUUGGAUGAUGAGACCUUGCGCGGAUUUCCGUAUCCCGACAUGUUGGAAUACGUCGGAUGCGUGGAGGCCUAUGAAAAGGCGACCUUUGUCCAUCUGCAUCAGAUAGCCGGAGCAGGUCGACCAAACUGGAUCUCCGACCGGGCGUACUUGGACAUGCUCAUUACGCGCAUUCUUACUCUGAUCCGCAAACUAUCCAAAGACGUGGGUCAGCUGGCCGUCCUGUGGCCUCUUUUCAUCGCCGGUCAGGAAACCCGUAAGCAAGAGGAGCAGCAAUACGUUCAACAAACCAUGCACGAGCUUAAACGGUUCGGCUUUAGGAAUGUUGACAAGGCGCUGGAGCUCCUCGAAGGUGUAUGGUUUAAACGGCGUGCGUUUCCCGAAGGCUGGACGGAGACGCUGGAUGAGAUUCAGACCAAUAUUCUCUUACCAUGA